CAUCUCUCUGAUACCCCUGAUACUUUCGACCGGCUUCAGAUGGUGGCAUCAAGGUCGCUGUUUUCAGCUCAUCACUCAACACCAGACUGGUCUUCACACUGUUGAUCAUGGCCUCGAUUGCUUCGUCGAGUGAGUCGCCGGGGUUCAUUUCCAGUCUGCGGACGAGAUAUGCGGUUGAGAGAUGUAUCGUUGUCAGCUUCUCGAUAAUGAUGGAUUUCCCUAUCGAGGAUGAAAGUCCACUGUCGCUGAGGAGCAUCGCAUGUUGGUCUUGUGUAGGGGCACUCGCUCAUUGCAGACUCUCGAACAUCCAGCCAUUGAAUGUACACAGGCAUCCACAGUCGCGCUCUCCCGCCUGGCUCCAGAUAUGAUGGCGGACAGCGACUACUUUUUGCGCCUGGCCAACGCCAGCUUGCUGCUGCAGAUAGGAUGGGUUACAUCCACACGCCUUUUUACCCUGCAUAACCUUGGCGAGAACCCCGAAAGCGCGGACGAGUUCAGCCACAAGAGCACAUGUUUCAUAUGGGAGGAGUCGAGCAAGGAAUGGACGAUGGAGGCAUGCCAUUUUUCCAUGUCAUUGGCACAGUCCGCCCGCCUCUUUAGGAGCGUUGUCCACACUGAAGACGGUGAACCCGAAGAUACGGUCGUGUCGCUUACUUACGAGAACGGGAUAACCGAGUUCCGGAGCGGAAGAAGCCUCGUUCAAAACUACGUUGCUCGACCAUUCAGCAUGCCUCUGGCUGGUCCAUCGUCUGCUGAUCUUGCUCCUGAUAUGAAAAAUGCCAAGGCAAUUGCUUUAUCGCCAAAUGGCCUUCUCGGCAUUGCAUUAUUGGACAAUCAGGAUGAUAUCUUGGGAGGAACCUUCUUUUCCCUCUUUGAAACCAAGCUUGGACUUGAUUCCGAGCCGUUGCUUGAGCGUCUCUGCAAAAGCACAGUAGUAGGGCUGUUGAAUGGAUAUGACUGCUAUGACAACAUUCUGGUGCUCGUUCAACUGCAGCAGGAGAUUUUGCGCGACCAAGGUACCUGCGAGGAUAUGCAUGGAUUGAUCGUCGCUACAUAUUGCCCAGAGUUUGUGCAUGGCAGGUACUGAUGUAUUCGUGAAUGUCAACGGACAGAGCUUGCAUUCAAGUUCCUGAGUCGGCUGUAUACCAAUUUGGAGCAGUCCCAGAUCGCGGUG